CCGUUCUGCCCUUGCACUGGCCGGGCACCCAUGCAGUGCCCCGUUGACCGCUCUCUGGCGCUUUAUUGCGCUGCGGCCGCCGUUUUUCUCGGCUCUUUCUCCUCUUCAACUUCCGUCGCCUCGCCCCUCUCGUCCGGACGCUCUUGAAGACGCCCGUUCGAGCUUCAACAAAACUUUCUUUUUGCGGACGACGACGCCAGCCCGCUAACGACAACGACGACGACGACCACUACGACGCCGCCGACGCCGCCGCCAUCUUCUCCAGGAUUCGCCCAUCUGCUAGCGCCGCCAGCUUCAGCAUCCGCAUCGGGGUCGCUGCGAUUCACCACCAGCUUCGCCCAUCACGAUGAAUGUGCUGCUCUCGCCGCAGUUACCAGUCUUCCCUCACCAGCACGAAAGCCCACACCUCUCUCAGCGAAACCUUUCUCCUCUUCACAACAUGAGCAACCGAAAACGAAAGGCCGAUGACGAUGGCGACGAAACCAUGUCGCCCAUGAGCUCUCCCGCCGUAUCCUCUCGACCUCUCAUUCGUCCGUCGAAAAAGUUUCGCUCAAACGACUUGAUCGGAAGACCGCUCUCCUUGCCACGCCUUCUGGAAACACUCAACACAGAUCAACUGCGCUCUGUCCUGGAACGCAUUUGCGAGCGACAUCCCGACAUUGGCCAGGAGGUGGUCUCGGGGGCGCCCCGGCCCAGCGUGGCCUCGGCCCUGGACGUGCUACAGUCGUAUCAGGACAAGCUCAACGCCGCCGCCCCGUAUGGCAACAGCAGCGCCGAAUACACUUACAACCGCGUCAAGGCCCCCUUGGUGGCCCUCAUCGAUGCGCUCUCCGAUUUCACCCCUCAGUUCCUCCCCCCGAUCGAAACUCAGCCGACAAAAUCCCUCGACUUCCUUGACGGUGCCACAAAAUUCAUCCACAAUCUUCCCAACUGGCAACCACAGGCUUACCGCCACCACAAGGACAAUGCGUACGAAGACAUUUCCAAGGCGUGGGCUUUGGUUAUCAACGAGGCUGCAAAGCGGGGUGGCGGUUUCAACUUGCACACGGAUGGUUGGGACCAUAAGCUGGCCAGGCACAACGAGCAGUCCGGCGGACGGCUAGGAACCGCCAUCACAGCCAUGUCGAAUAGCGUCGGUUGGAUGGGAUCAGGCGAGAAUGCCAAUUCAUCAGAGCAAAAUCAAAAUUCUAUCCUGAACCAGAUCGUCUCUGGCUCAUUUGGAUCGCCCGUUCGGGUCGGGCCGUGGUAAUGGCUGCUCUGUAAAGCAUACAUACGACGAGAGCAGCCGGCCCGUCCUCUUUCCACCGGAGCACUUACGAUGCUCAUUGGGUUUCUCUUACGACAUCAUCUUUCUCUUGCAUCAACGGGCUUUUAUAGACUUCGGCACUCAUUUCCUUCCUUUACGCACAACUGGAUGGCAGGCGUUCACUUUUUUUCCCUUUGUUUGUCCUUUUUGAUAUCCUUUCCCUACCUUACCUCAUCAAACUCAAGUGGGCAACAGGGGCUUUAUAGUGUGGCAUAUUCUGUGUAUUUUGUACCUGGUACUGGCGUAUCGUCAUUUUGUAAAUAUGAAAACAAUCCAUAGACUUGCACCUCUAAUAUUGACGACAGGCGUGGAUUCUAU